UGGUAAGAAGUUUCUGUGCCAGUAGAAAUGUAGGUAGGCUUAGGGUUAGGUAGCAGCUGUCGGGGAACUUGCUCUUGCCUGUAAGAUCCUGGAGGCCCUCGCUCUUGACUGUCACCAGACGACUCAUUUCCUCCCCGAGUCAGCCAGCAGGGGCCAGUCAGUCAGCUCAGGGGCUGUGCCCAGAGGCCCCCGCUUCCAGGAGGACAGGAGAGUCGGUGGCCUGGUUCCUCCGUGCACUGCCUAUUUGCCUGUCCAUCUGCCUUCUCUUCAGUUCAUUCUCAUUCCUGAGAUCUGGCUUUGGCUUGGACAUCAGACACCCGUAUCCACCUAAUGCCAAUGAUUGAUUUUGAGGAUGUGGCUGCAAUAAACCCAGAACUCUUACAGCUUCCUCCUUUGUACCCGAAGGACAAUCUGCCCCUGCAGGAGAAUGUAACUGUCCAGAAACAGAAACGCAGAUCAGUCAACUCUAAAAUUCCCGCUCCAAAAGAAGGUAAACGGAUUUCUGGUCUCCGAAGCCGCUCUACGCGCAUGCUCGCUAUCCCAGAGGCACGAGCCCCCGCUCAGGAGAAUGAUAUGGAGAUAGAGCUGCCCGCGUCUACCAACUCUCGAAAGCAGUUUCCAGCUGCUGCUCGGCCCUUUAGGCCCUCCUGCCCCGCAGUGCCUGAAAUACCACUGACGAUGAGCAUCGAGGAGGUGGAAGCGCACGGCCACUCCACCCGAGGCAGCUCCUCUGCACACCCUGUGAGCUCAGUUCGGAGGAAAUCAUGUAUCGUGAGAGAAAUGGAAAAGAUGAAGAACAAACGGGAAGAGAAGAAGGCCCAGAAUUCUGAAAUGAGAAUAAAGCGAGCCCAGGAAUAUGAUAACAGCUUUCCAAACUGGGAGUUUGCCCGGAUGAUUAAAGAAUUUCGGGCUACUCUAGACUGUCGUCCACUUACUAUGACUGAUCCUGUAGAAGAGCACAGGAUCUGUGUCUGUGUUAGGAAACGGCCACUAAAUAAACACGAAUUGACCAGAAAAGAAAUUGAUGUGAUUUCCAUUCCAAACAAGUGUCUCCUCUUGGUGCAUGAACCCAAAUUAAAAGUGGACUUAACAAAGUAUCUGGAGAACCAGACCUUCUAUUUUGAUUUUGCAUUUGAUGAAACAGCUUCAAAUGACGUUGUCUACAGGUUCACAGCAAGGCCACUGGUACAGACAAUUUUUGAAGGAGGAAAAGCAACUUGUUUUGCAUAUGGACAGACAGGAAGUGGAAAAACUCAUACUAUGGUUGGAGACCUGGCUGGCAAAUCCCAGAACGCAUCCAAAGGGAUCUACGCCAUGGCCUCCCAGGAUGUCUUCCUCUUGAAGAAUCAGCCCCGCUACCGCAACCUGGGCCUGGAAGUCUACGUAACAUUCUUCGAGAUCUACAAUGGGAAGCUGUUUGACCUGCUUAAUAAGAAGGCCAAGCUGCGCGUGCUGGAGGACGGCAAGCAACAGGUGCAGGUGGUGGGGCUGCAGGAGCACCUGGUUAACUGUGCAGAGGACGUCAUCAAGAUGAUCGACAUGGGCAGUGCCUGCAGGACCUCUGGACAGACAUUUGCCAAUUCCAACUCCUCCCGCUCCCAUGCCUGCUUCCAGAUUCUUCUUCGAACCAAAGAGAGGAUGCACGGCAAGUUCUCUUUGGUGGAUCUGGCAGGAAACGAGCGAGGUGUAGACACCUCUAGCACUGACUGGCAGACCCGUGUGGAGGGCGCCGAAAUCAACAAGAGUCUCCUGGCCCUGAAGGAAUGCAUCAGGGCUCUGGGCCAGAACAAGGCUCACACCCCGUUCCGAGAGAGCAAGCUGACGCAGGUGCUGAGGGAUUCCUUCAUUGGGGAGAAUUCGAGGACCUGCAUGAUUUCCAUGAUCUCACCAGGCAUUAGCUCCUGCGAAUAUACUCUGAACACACUCAGAUACGCAGACAGAGUCAAAGAACUGAGCCCCCACAUCGGGCCGAGUGGAGAGCAGCCGAUGCAGAUGGAGACAGACGAGACCGAAGCCAGCUCUGCCGGGGCCCUGGCCACGAACAGCUUCUCCAAGGAGGAGGAGGAAUUGUCUUCCCAGAUGUCCAGCUUUAAUGAAACUAUGACUCAGAUCAGGGAGCUGGAGGAAAGGGCUGUGGAGGAGCUCAAGGAGAUCGCACAGCUCGGACCAGGCUGGCUUGAGCUCUCUGUGAUGACUGAGCAACCAGACUAUGACCUGGAGGUUUUUGUAACCAGAGCCGAGUCUGCCCUGGCCCAGCAAGCCAAGCACUUUGCAGCCCUGCAAGAGGUCCUCAAGGCCUUGCGCCUGGCCAUGCAUCAGGAAGAGCAGGUGAGCAAACAGACGCGCAGCAAGAAACGGCCCCAGUGACGACGGCAAAUAAAGAUCUGUUUGGUUCCCCUGGCGCCUCCCCUCUGGCCCCUCCCGGCGAGCUCUGGGCACCUGGUGGGUUGGCAGGGUCUGAAUUGGGGUGGGUUUGGUAAAUGCCAGGUGUGGGAGCACCUGGGGCAGGGACGCUACUUUCCUUUCCCUCAACUGGGAGUGAGAGAAAGGAGCUUCUCGUUGCCCUGUGAGCCGCCCUGUUCUUCCUUGAGAGCGCUGCCCAGACCGAGUGUCCCUGGGCAGCAUGCAGGGACACUGUGCAGCUUCUGGUGGCCUCUCCUCGGGCUUAUCCAGCCCUCUGGGAGGAAGAGGAGCCUUUCAGCCCUCAGGGCUGCCAUCUACACCCUUGGUCCGUGCCUUGCAUGUUUUGUACUUUAAAAAAAAAAAGUUUUGGGUCUUCCUUCCUUGGCAAUUUUUGAGGGUCGACAGGGUCCCUACUGUACUGUUUUAUGUAUUUAUGCACCGUGUUUAACAAUAAAGCAAGAGAAGAAAA